ACAUGAUCGGAGUCUAGGCACUGCGCUGAGUGGGAGCGACUCCCCGCUCUGCACAAGCUGAUAGCGCAGCAUCUACUGGGUGCAGUAUAGGGAUGGUUUGGCUCGGGUUGUUAGCCGUGCUGUUGGAAGUCUUUCUUACCGAAUCUGCUCCAGCCAAGGAUGAGAUCACUUACCUCCCAGGACUGGUCAAGCAACCCAGCUUUAGACAGUACUCCGGAUACCUGAAUGCAUCUGAAAACAUACACCUCCAUUACUGGUUUGUGGAGUCUCAGGGCCAUCCUGAAAGUGAUCCUGUUGUACUGUGGCUGAACGGAGGACCUGGCUGCAGCUCCUUGGAUGGGCUUCUAAAUGAACAUGGGCCCUUCUUGAUCCAACCAGAUGGGAAAACACUCCAAUACAAUCCUUACUCCUGGAAUCUGAUUGCAAACGUACUGUACCUCGAGUCACCAGCGGGGGUCGGAUUCUCCUAUGCCGAUGACCAGCAGUACCGGACCAAUGAUACUGCGGUAAGACCAUGGGAAGGAUGGCUCACCACACAGUACGUGUACCCACAAGCGAUUGUACAGCCUGGAGUCAUCCUUCCACCCCAGCUGCAGGGGGUGACCUCGCCUUUCAUUGACUAUACAACGUCUGCCACCUACGCACAGUAUGCCGCCUAUGAUCAGUACCCAUAUGCCGCUUCGCCCGCGACUGGCUACCUUGGAUUUGGCUAUUCCACUCUGCAGCAGCCUGUAAUAGGUGGGAGUCCCACCACCGCUGCCACGGCCGCUUUUGUUCAGUAUCCCCCUCAACCUCUGCAACCUGACCGCAUGCAGUAG